CCCGUGUCUCACGCACUUCAUCUUACAGUCCAGUCCGGCUACUUCCCACAAAAGCAUCUUUCUUUCCUGCACCGCUACUGGCACGAAUCGACCUGCUGCGCCUGGGAAAUCCGUUACAUAUUUAUAAAUGAUUGCUGAAAAUAUUUCAGCGUGCCGGUCAUUAUUUUAAAUGACACAUUAAUGCGGUUCAACGUGUCUUUCUAUUGUUUCCCUCUGGCAAAGCGAGGCUUUGAUCUUUGCUGCCGUCUAGUGGUCGCACCGGGAACACAGCGCGGCACAAAGAACACCGUGUUCGGCCCGCGCGCUCGCCCUGCACGCGCCGCUCCACGUUAUGUAAAGGUAACAGGUAACAAGUCGCAGGCCCCCUUGCGCGUGUAGUGCCACCGGUGAAUAUGUCCCUUUUCCCCUGUUUUUGCAGUAUGUUAUUGACAUCGGCAUCUAUAAUUAACCACUGUACAAGAAUGAAUGGCUGUACAAAGUUUCGCUUGUUUAUGAAUAAUUCUGUUAUUUAUUAUUACAGAGGGUGUGUAAAUCUGUAGUACUGAUGAUACUGGCGAACUUUUGGUCGAGGAAGGCCUAGAGCAUUUUUUUUUUUUCUUCCUUUCGGGGCCUAUGAUUCUUUAAUGAAUUAACCCGCAGUCUUUAGAAGAGGCUGUUUUGUGAAGGACGGCUACAGUCGACUACGUGUAAGAUGGAGAAAAAAAAAAAACCGUCAGAUUUUCGCUCCGGCCGACGACGGAGACUACGAUUCCCAGAGUGCCCCGCGCACGACGUCGCGAAGUCGCGCAUGCGCCCCGUCGCGAUUAUUAUUUUUGUCCCUCCAGCAGCAAAUGAAGAGCAGGCAGACUCUCUUCCUUUGAUAACAGAGAAAUUAAACAUUAAAUAGGGGAAGUCGAAAUCGUUCCGGGCACUGAUAGAUGGAGUUGUACAAGACAUAACAGUGUGGCCUGGCUGCGGAGCGGAGCGUUAUCCGGACCGGAGCGGCUCUGGCUGGCUGGUGGGAGGAGGAGGAAGAAAGAGACAGAGAGAGAGAAAGAAGACUGAAGAGUGAGGAGAAAAAAGAGGGAGGACGAGGGAGGAAAGGAGAAAAACAGCCCCUUUUCCAGGAGGAAAGGGUCGCGGCCGCCCGGAGCCCGACCCACCUGCCGAGGAGAUCAUGGCUCACCUGCGGGACCUGCGCGCCCAGAACACACGCUUGGAUCCCGAGGAGUACUUCACUAAGCUUGACCGCAUUGGGAAAGGCUCCUUCGGCGAGGUCUACAAAGGUAUCAACAACCGCACCAAGGAGGUGGUGGCCAUCAAGAUCAUCGACCUAGAAGAGGCGGAGGAUGAAAUCGAGGACAUCCAGCAGGAGAUUACCGUGCUCAGUCAGUGUGACAGCCCCUAUGUCACCAAGUACUUUGGCUCCUACCUCAAGGGGACCAAGCUUUGGAUCAUCAUGGAGUAUCUAGGAGGGGGUUCUGCUCUGGAUCUGUUAAAGCCAGGCCCCCUGGAAGAGACCUACAUUGCUACAAUACUGAGGGAGAUCCUGAAAGGUCUUGACUACCUGCACUCAGAGAGGAAGAUUCACCGGGACAUCAAAGCUGCCAACGUGCUGCUGUCGGAGCACGGAGACGUAAAACUGGCCGACUUCGGAGUGGCGGGGCAGUUGACGGACACCCAGAUCAAGAGGAACACGUUCGUGGGCACGCCCUUCUGGAUGGCACCGGAGGUCAUCAAGCAGUCAGCAUACGAUUUCAAGGCGGACAUCUGGUCCCUGGGAAUCACAGCCAUUGAGCUGGCCAAGGGGGAACCCCCAAACUCUGACCUUCAUCCCAUGAGGGUACUGUUUCUUAUCCCUAAGAACAACCCCCCAACCCUGGAAGGUGCCUACAGCAAGCCCUUUAAAGAGUUUGUGGAGGCAUGCCUCAAUAAAGACCCCCGCUUUCGGCCCACUGCCAAGGAGCUGCUGAAGCACAAGUUCAUCACACGCUACACCAAGAAAACGCCCUACCUGACAGAGCUCAUUGACCGAUACCGCCGGUGGAAGUCUGAAGGCCAUGGGGAGGAGUCGAGUUCCGACGAUUCAGACAUGGAUGGCGAUGGUGACGACAGAGACCAGUGUCCCAUGUGGACUUUCCCAACGGUGCGGCCCAGCUCCCUCACCAAGCUCCAAAAGAAUUUUACUGGUGGAGACACAGAGGCCACAGAGGCGGUGAAGAGGCAGCCGAAGUCCCAGUGUCUUUCAGCAUUGGUUACGCCCAUCUUCAGAGAGCUGAAGGAGAAGAAGCGAGCAACAGGAGGAGGGGUGGGCACUAUCGAGGAGCUGGAGAAUGCUUUCAGCCUGGCCGAGGAGUCCUGUCCAGGGAUCUCGGACCGCCUGGUCACGAACAUGAUGGAAAGACUGCGCAGGUUCUCUCUCAAUGGGAACACCACCCCUUCCUCACGGUAAAACUCUGCAGCUGCUGCUCUUGUCUAAUGUCCAUCCCCCCCCCCCCAAGCUGGCCCACCUCAGCCCACUCUGCUACUGCUCCCACCCCAGAGAUCGUCAAUAUUUUUACAUUUUCUUUAUAGAAAGUUUAGAAAAAAAGAAAAAAAAGGAAAACAGAUUGAGGAGAGCUGUGUAUAACUCAACUGUAUUAGGUGGUCGUAUAUAAAUAAAGUUUAUGAAACGUC